UCAUCUCAGUAAACUUUCUAAGCAACCAAAGGUCUAAUGAUCCCUUCCUAUAGCCCACGUGAAAGCAACAUUAUAGCAGUUAAAGUAAUUUAGUCUGGAAUGAAGAAGAAGUAAAGAUGUCUAAAAAGAGGUAUGUAGAGCUUAAAAUCUGCCAGACGAUAAGCUGCACCGCUCCAUUUCCUAGGCGAGAAAGACAGCCGUCUGCAACUGGGACGAUGGAGGACGAAGAAAGGCAGAAGAAACUAGAGGCUGGCAAAGCAAGACUUGCUGAAUUCAGGCAACGAAAGGCACAGGCUGAUGGACAGAGUCCACGGAAGAAACCGAAGAAAAAGAAGAGGGCAUCAGGCAAAGAGGAUAGUGAGCCAGUACAAGAUGGAGCAGAUGUUGACCAGUCACAAGGAGAUGAGAGCUACGCACAUAGCAGCCAUAGAGGAUCAGGUGACAGCUCUGCAGAGUUCUGUUUAACAAGGACGUUGCAAAGGGGUGAUAUUAUCAAACAUGAUCAGACGUAUACCAUAGAGCAGGAAAGUGAAGUCUCAACGACUGCAGAGGACUUCACCUCAGAGGAAAAAGAUUUCAAUACCCUGUUCGAGAACGCUGGCACAACUUCAGGAUUUUUUAUGGAAGAAGAAAUUGACGCUACUGAGAGCUAUUCUGAACAUGAAGCCCAGAGGUCUGUGACAGAGGUAAACAGAAUGGAGGAAGAAUUGACCAGGCAGCAACAGAGGAUUGAGGAACUGAGCCAAGAACUGCAAGAAGCGAGAGCAAUAUGUGGUACAGAUCAACUGCAACAGCUUCAGGAAUUUGAGACAGCAAUCAAACAGAGAGAUGGCAUUAUCACCCAACUGACGUCAAACCUACAGCAGUCUAGAAGAGAAAAAGAUGAAAUUAUGAAGGAAUUCUUGGAGUUAACAGAACAGAGUCAGAAACUACAGAUACAAUUUCAACAGUUGCAGGCUAGUGAAAACUUAAGGAAGAGCAGUCAUUCAUCUGCAAAUACAGACCUUCUACAAGCUAAGAGACAAAUUCUUACAUACCAGCAGCAAUUAGAAGAGCAAGAACAGCUGAUGAAAAACUAUCAGAGAAAAUGCGAAGAAUACCAACUGCAAGUCAACCUUCUGCAAGACAAGCUUGAGACACAUGAAGCGGAACAUCUGGAUAAGGAAAACAAAUUGUCUGACUUGAUGAUGCAGGAGAAAGAUGCAUUAAUCGAUGAUCUUCAGAAUGGAAUAAAAGUAAAAGAAAGUGAUAUUGUUCAGCUUCAACAGAAACUUUUGCUUACUGAAAAAUCUAUAGAAGAAUUGAAACAGCAACUAACAGAAAAGACUCAAGAGGCAGAAUAUCUUAAAUCAGAAGUAAUAAGUUCAAAACAAAGAGAGAGACAAUCUUCUGAUGAAGUAAAACAGUUGAUGGGCACUGUAGAAGAACUUCAGAAACGGUGCCACAAAGGCAGCCAGUCAGAAAUGGCUGCUUUACAAAGGGUAGAGCUGGAAUCUCAAAGGAAACUGGAAGAGCUCAGGGCAGAACUAGAUGAGAUGUAUGGCCAGCAGAUUGUACAAAUGAAGCAAGAACUACGCCAACAGCACACACUGGAGAUAAAUAACCUUAUUACACAGCAUAAAGUUGAAUUGGAGAGGACUUUACAAAUCUCUGGAGAUAAUCUAGUUAAUGAGGACCAGUUAAAUCUGAUGAACAUGGCAAUUAAUGAGCUCAAUGUUAAACUACAGGAGACUUACUUGGAACGAGACAAAGUAAAACAGGAAGUUGCUCAGCAGCUAGAAAAACUUUAUGAAGAAAAGAGUCAGUUGCAGAUUGAAAAAGAAGACCUUUUUCAAGAUCUGAAGUUUACAAGAGAGCAGGUCCAGAGAAUGAAACAAAGCAUUGCUGAGAAAGAACACAGGCUUAGUGAAGUAGACAAAUUGCAGUCUACCAUUGAAGAUCUGAAGGCUCAGCUCUUGUCUGUGGAUGAAGCCACAAAGGAUAUGGAAUCGAAGCAUGAAGCAGAAGUUACCAACUAUAAGAUUAAGCUGGAGAUGCUGGAAAAAGAAAAAGAUGCUGUUUUGGACCUGAUGGCAGAAUCACAGGAAGCAGAAUUAGAACGAUUGAGGACCCAGCUUCUCUUCAGCCAUGAAGAAGAACUAACCAGACUUAAAGACAACUUGGAAAGGGAACAUAGACUAAACAUAGAGAACCUUAAAGAUGAUUUAUCUAUAAAACAUAAAGAUCAGUUAGAAAAUGUGCAGGCAGAUCUGAGGAGAAAACUGGAAGUGGUAAAAUGUGAAAGGGACAGUUUGGUGAAUGUAAAGAAUCAGCUGAUCUCUGAGAUCUCCAAGUUGAAAGAAGAUUUGCAACAUUCAAUGGAGAAUUCCAGAAAUGAGGAAAUGGCUCAACAGAUAAAGGAACUUCAUCUGGAAAUUGAAACCCUUAGGAAAAAGGAUGAGGGAAAAGGUACUUUUGAACAAGAAAUCCAGGAACUGAAGGUUACAGUUGAGUCACUAACGAAACAGCUGAAAGACAAAGAUGAUGACUUGAACAGGAAAGCUAUAGAAUAUGAACUGGCAAUUUCUAGUCUUAAAGAUGAAAAUAAAUUAUUAGAAGAACAGCUGCAGAGCUACUCCUUGGCAAAGGUGAAAGAACAGACAUUAGGUGAAAGUGGCUCAGAAUCACUAGGCAUGCAUCUUCAGAAGCAAAUAGAAAUGCUUACAGCAGAAAAUGACCAACUUAAACAACAAGAAGCAGCACUGAAAAAUGAGGUUGAAAGGCAGAAGAACACAUUUUCAUUUGCAGAGAAAAAUUUUGAAGUCAACUUCCAUGAACUGCAGGAUGAGUAUGCAUGCCUUUUGAGGGAUAAAGAAGAGCUAGCUAAAAGGAGCAGCAUGCAGGAGGGUGAGUAUGAGGCAAAGCUGAGAGCUCUAAAUGAAGAAAUUCAGCAGCUUAAACUUGGACACCAGAAGAUGGUUGGUAAUAUGGCAGUCCCUGAAACCUGCAAAAAACAUAAAGCUGAGCUAGGGGAAGGCUUAGAAAGUGAAGAAGUAAUUGAAAAAGACACUACAGAGAUUAUGGAAAAGCUAGAGACUGCACAGAGGGAGAAGGAGGAGCUGUCUCAAAGACUUGCUGAUCUUUCCGAACAGAUAGUAUUAGGACAGAAUAAAAUUUGUGAGCUAGAAGAGGAGUUGAAAUAUGUAAAGCAAGAAAAGGAAGAACUGCUGGCAAAAUAUGAAGAAAUGGAAAGAAGUUUUGCAGAGGGUGAAUACAAAAAAAAUAGGCAAGAGAAAGUUUUGCUUCAUGGGCGAGAUAGCAGUAUUCUGUCUUGCUUAAAUACUGAAGAAGGUAAUACUGUAAUAUCCACUGAGCACGCUGAAUGUGAAAAGACAAUUAGAACUCUAAGAGAGAAUCUGAUUUCAUUGGAAACAUUAGUUCAGGAUAUCACAUUAGAAAGGGACAAUCUUCAGCAACACCAGAAUAAGCUUUUGGAAGAACAGGAAAUAUUGAAGGCAAAGCUACAGGAACUCAGUGACAAGUCUGCCUCUGAAACCUUAAUAGCAAAAUUACAGCUGGAGAAGAGUGAGGUACAGCAGCAGCUAGAUGGUUUAAGGACUGAACAGCUGGGUUUAGCUGAGCUUAUACAACGCAAGGCCAUGUUAGAGGAAUCACUAAACAAAAAGCUACAUGACACAGAAAAUGCACUUACCACAGCUGAAAAAGAGAAGUUGGAGCUGGAAAAUAAAUUGAAACUGCUGGAACAAAAGGUUGUGGAAUUUGAACUUUUCCAUGAAAUAACUGAAAAAGAGCCAGUUGAACAGCCUGGGCUAAAGGCAGUGAAACAGGAUAGCACAGUUCAUAUGACAGUGGAAAACAGUAGUGGUGUCUUCUUAAAACAGGACCACAAAACUGCUGACUUCCCUGAUGUCGACUUAAUUAAACAGCAUGCAGAAGCUGAACGGAAGCUACAGAUGGAGGCCCAGCGUAUCAGCCUCACUCAGAUUUAUGCUGCACAGUUGGAGCUGGUUCAGGAACAGUUACAGGAUGAAAAGGCAGCUGCUAUGAAUGACAUUAGAGAGGCACACAUGCAGGAAGUAACAAACAUCCACAGUACACACCAGCAGGCGCUGCAAGACAUGAAAUCCCAGCAGCCAGGUAUCAAAGAGAAGACUCCCCAUGUACUAAUAAAAGAACUACGCAAGAUGGUCUUGGAAGAAAGUUCUGUAAUUGUUCAGUCUUUUGCUAGUAUUUUGAAAGAAGGCUACAUGAAAUCUGUAGACUAUCCAGCAAGUGAAAAGAUGGAAGAGGGUGGAAAAAGUGAAGAUGUGUGUCUCACUGAAAAUGAAGAACAAAGCAGAGAGUGGCAGCUGCAGUAUACUAAGCUAAAAGCACUAGAAACUGAUUUGCAUACACUUAUUCAUAAUAUGCAUGAAGAAUAUCAGAGGCUUGCAAAAUUACAAACACACCUUAUUGAGGACUCUGACAAGAUAAACAAGCUUCAGACAGCCUACACUGAACUUCAGACCAGCACAGAGGCAGAGAUUACUAACCUACAUAUGCAGCUAGACAGCUUACGCAACUGUCCUCAAGAAGUUCUUGAUCUCAGUGGACAGUUAAAGGAGAGGUCAUAUCAUUCUGAAGAACUUGAAAGACUGAAAGUAGAAAUGAAACUUCAAAGAAUACAACUUGAAGAGCAGCAUAUCCAGAAAGUUGAGAGCAUUCAAUCAUGUUAUGAACAGCAGAUAAAAGAAGCCGAGCAGAAGCACACAACAGAAAUAAGAAAAUUGUCGCAAAGGCUUCAGGAAGUUUCCGGAUUUACUUCCAAACUGAGAUCACCUACAGAAGUGCAGAUCUCCAUGGAAGAAGGAGCUUGUACAGAUACAAGUUUAGAGCAGCAAAACACAGAAAACCUUCAGAGUGAAGAAUUUACUUUAGAGGAGCUUAAUUGUUCCAUUAAAUGCUCUGCACGUCUUUAUCAACAGCUGGAGAUUUUGCGAAGAGCCUUGUAUGCAAAGUAUCAUCAGGAACUGUCUUCCCUGAAAGAAGAACAAAAACAAGAACUAGAAAGGCUUACAGCAAACCAAAGAGAGCAGCAUUAUGCUGAGACUGAAGCACUGAGGCAAGAAAUCGCAGAACUGAAGAAGCAGGUUGAAGCAAAUGUGAAGCGAAGCUUCGUGUCCACACAUGAAACGCAUGAAAUAGGGGAUAAAGAAGAAAUUACUAAUAUUGUGCAAGCCCUGGAGAAGCAGCAUCAGGCAGUAUUAGAAGAAGAAGUUGCCAAGGUUAUUGUGCAGAUGUCCGUUGAGAUCGCCCAACAAAAGGAGUUGAUGAGAAUUUCUCACCAGUGCCAAGAUGGCAUGCAUGUUGAAACCAGUGACUGGCAAGAGGCAGAUAUGGGAGUACGACACAACAUGUUUACAGGAUUAAUGCUGCCAUCUAAGGAGAAUAAACAAGAACAUGAGAGAGACUUUGAAGAAGAAAUAGAAACCCUUAGGCGGCAGCUUGAAGAGAAAACAGAUGAAAUUCUCUUACUGAAAGAAGACAUUUUCAUUUUGCGGUCAGCUGAACAACGUUCAAGGACUCUUGUAGAGGAAUCUGUGAUUAAACCCUCAUUAGACCUGGUAAAAGGUGAUAAUAGACCUUUGGAAACAUUGGAGGAAGAGAGUGAGCCCAGUGAGCUUGAAGAGUUAGGCCAACAGACUGAACGUGAUGUACAGGAGGAAGGGGAGGCUACUGUUAAAGUAGAAGCACUUAGUCAAGUAAACUUUGAACCAUGUGACACUAUAUUAAUUGGAGAUCUCGGACUACCUAGCAGUACUGAACACCUUUCAGCAAAACCUAGGGAUAUAGCUACAGAGUCUUCAUCUGGCUUUGCAUCACACUUGAAAGAAAGUAACCAUGGCAGACCUUCUGAAGAUAUUGUUGAAGAUAUUGCUGAAGAUAGUGAUGGUACCUUGGUAAAAGUAGCUCAUAAAGAAAUGCAUCGUGCUGGCGCAUUCCCUCCUACAGAGCUGGUUUACCAGGAGCGGCUUGAAGACAUGAGGCAAGAACUUGUUCGCCAGGACCAGGAGCAUCAACAAAUGGUGGAACGGCUAAGGCACACCCAUGCCCAACAGCUGGAAAGGCAGCGAGAAGAACAAGACCAGCUUCUCACGGAACUGGAAGAGCUAAAAGCCCAGCUGGCAGAGCAUGUUGCAGUGGUCAUUGAAGAGUCAGUUGCAGAAGUAGAAAGAAUAACUUCAGAUGACUUGCAGUUGGUUACCAUGAGCAGUGUAAAUGAAAGAGAGCAAAAGUCCCUGCAGAAGCAGGAUUGCACUACACAAACAGAGUUGACCCCGGUUGAAACAGAAGGCCAGGAAAAGUCACAAGAUCUCUCAGACUCUGAAAGUGCAACAAAUGAAGAGAACAUACAUGACAAGCCAUCUAAAGAUGCACUCACGAGAGAAAGGGAUCACUUGCAGAAGGUUAAUGAAAGGCUAAUGAAGGUUUUGUUGGAAGUAGUGAAGACCACAGCAGCAGCAGAAGAAACAAUAGGCCAUCAUGUUAUUGGUUUACUGGGUGUUCCAGACAAAGGCCUGCCUCAUUCAAGAGCUGCUCCGUGGGAAAUGGAAACUGAAGAAUCGAUGAAGACAUUUGCACAACACAGACAUGGAGUAGGAGCAGCUGUUCCCAGUCUUAUCGAAGAGAAUGCAGAUUCUUGCCAUGGCAGUGACACAGGAGGAGAUGACACCAGUGUGUGGUCUGCUGGUACAGAUGAAGGACUGGAAUUGUCCCAUCGUUUUACUGAUGGUUGCUUAAGUGGUGCAGAACUUGAUGCAGAAAAUGAAGAACUUGUGCAAAAUAUUAGUACUCGACUUCAAUCUGCUGUAGAAAAAUUACUGGAAGCCAUAACAGAAGCCACCAAUCAGGUAGAACAUGCAAGAAUUACACAAACAGAACUUUUACGCGAGUCCUUCUCAAAACAGCAGGAGCUGACUGAGCUACUCAAGCGUCAGGAAGAACUCCAGGAAAGACUUAAUGAAGAGACCAGGGCCAGAGAACAUCUGGCCCUAGAACUGCACAAGGCAGAAGGGCUGAUUGAUGGAUACAGUGAUGAGAGAGCAUCUCUGGAGACACAGGCUCAGGAAAAGGCUGAGCUUCUACGCAGUCUUGAGCAAGAGCUAAAUCACACAACAAUGCGUCUUCAGGAGCUGGAAGAAGAAAGACAGCAGCUCCAGAUAGAAAAGGAGCUUGUUGCCAGGCAGAAGGCAGCAAUGAAGGAAAAUGCAGGACCUGUGGAGUACCGCCUAGUAGAUGCUGCAGUCGAUGCAGCCUCCCCAGGAGAACUUCUGGAAGAGACUGAGAAGUUGAUGAAGGAGAAGGUGGAAGUGCAACGACAAGCUGAGAAGGAGCACUGUGACCUUGACAAACGAGUGAAGGACUUGGAAGCAGAGGUGGAGGAGCAGGAGAAUCGCGCAGAGGAACAGGAAAGAGAGAGGAACACAGAGAUCAUGGACCUGAGGCUGCAGAUCCAGUCCCUGGAAAAACAGUUGGAGAAAAACAAGAAAUUUCUGGAGGAGCAAGCAAUUGACCGUGAACAUGAGAGGGAUGUCUUCCAGCAAGAAAUACAAAAACUGGAGCAACAACUUAAGUUGCCACAGAGACAACAACCUGUCAAUGAGCAGCACAAUAAAGAGGUGGAGCAGUUGACAAAUCAGCUAAAAGAGAAAACAGACAAAUGUAAUGAGUACAUACUUGCAAAAGAGCAACUAAUUCGAGAUGUCCAGGAACGAAAUGAAGAAAUUGAGAAACUUGAAUGUAGAGUACGAGAAGUGGAGCAGGCCUUACUUGUCAGUGCUGAAAAUUUACAAAAGGUGGAAGAGCGAAAGCACAUAAUAACAUCUGAUGUCAAGGGUGCAUUAAGCCUUGAGGCACAACUUCAGGCAGAGAGAGAAGCUUUAGACAGAAGAGACAAAGAGAUUACGAACCUGGAAGAACAGUUAGAGCAGUUUCGAGAAGAACUGGAGAACAGAAAUGAAGAAGUUCAGCAGCUACAAAUGCAGUUAGAAGUGCAGAGAAAUGAAGCCACGUCUAGGAUACAAGCACUGGAGCAAGAGAAUAAAGCAAUGAAGGAUGAAGUGGAUAAUGCCAGGAGCAGUGCACAAGAAACUGGGGAUGUAUCCUUUGAAAGUCAUCACUGUGACAGUGUAAAACAUUCCCAGCUUAUCCAGGAAAAAGAUCAAGUCAUUGAGCAGUUAAAUGAACAAAUCACCAAACUGCAACAGCAACUGGAUAUUGCAUCUGACAAUAAGGUUAUUGAAGAAAAAAAUGACCUUAUAAAAGAAUUGGAAGCACAAAUAGAAUGUCUUAAAAGUGAUCAGGAACGUCUGAAGAAGGAUAGUCAAGAAGAGAUUGAGCAGCUAAAUGAAGUUAUUGAAAAACUACAGCAGGAGCUUGCAAAGAUGGACAAUACAAUUCCAGUGGACUCUCUCCCUGCACCAGAUGAUGCAGAGAGCCUGAAGCACCAGCUUGAAAUAGUGAUGGCUGAGAAAGAGGUUAUUAACAGUUGUGCAGAUGAAAGAAAUAGAGAGCUGAUUAUAGUGAAAGAUGAACUAGAGAAAGCAAAACUGAAAGUUGAAGAACUGAACCAAGAACUAGAAGCUGUUAGAACAGAACACAAAAUACUUCUAGAAAAUUACAGAUCUUCUCAAAUGGAUGGCUAUUCCCCUGUUACAGAACAUGAACUUGAAGAUAAGACUACCGAGCUGGAAGAAGCCUUAAGAGAAAAGACAGCAGCAUUAUUGGUUAAUCAGGCUCAAGUUGUAGCUUUAGAAGAAAGUGCACAAGUUAUAAUCAAAAGGCUGGAAGCAAAGAUUGAAGAGCUUGAAUUGUCUGUGAGGGAAAAAGAUAUGGAGUUAAACUCAUGUUACACUCAAAUGAGAAACUUGAAGGAGCUGUCCCGAACUGAACCUGAGCGGCUGCAAGAAAAAGUACUUGACCUAACGGUGAAUAAAGCACAGAUACAUUUUGCGCAUGACUCAUCUAAAAGUAAACUAAGUAAAAAAGCUGAGUCUGACUUUAAGAAAACUGUUGAUGAGCUUCAGAAGGAGUCCAUAAAUCAAGCAGUGAGCGAGUCGCACUGCAGAGUUGUGGCUGUGGAGAGCCAGUUACUUGAAAUGCAGAAACAACUUGAAAUGUAUAAAAAGGAGGCUGAAGUUACAAAGAAGGAUGCUGCAGAGAAAGAAGAAAAGUUGAGGGAGCUGAAGGAACUGUUGAAAAAGAUCCAAGAAGCUCCUGAAGAACAAGCAGUUACAGAUGGUGAGACAAUCACAAAUGUAAACAAAUGUGAAAAGCGGAAGAAAAGCACUGUAGAGGUAUUUUCAGAACUUGAAAGUCUUCAUGGUGGAUUAGCUGCAGCAAAGGAAGAAGUCAGUGACUACAGGGAGAAAACAGAAAAACUCCAGGAAGAACUGAAGAUGAAGGAAGUAGCAGUUGAACAACUUCAGAAUGAUCUUAAGAAUGUUAAAGAUGAGUUGGUCCAGGCAGAACUUAAACUUGUUCAGUAUUUAUCCAAAGAGCAAGGAGUUCCACUGCAAAACAAAACCACAGCAGACCCAGAAAAACAACACAACACAUCACCCAAAGAAAAGCCUCAGUUUGUUGGGAAAGACUCUUCUUCCCAGACUGACAGGACUAAUCUUAUUACUGAAGGCAAUCAGAUGCCUGAAAUCCAAAGUGAUGCAGAUGGAGAGAAUGCAAUCUAUUCUGAGGACAUUAGAAAAGUGAUGGAAAGUUACAUUGACAAAAUUGAACAAAUGCGGGAACUUCAUGCUGCUGAAGUUAUGGACAUGGAAACCAGACAUAUCUCUGAGACAGAAGCACUGAAAAGAGAGCAUUUUGUGACUGUUCAGACACUUAAAGAAAAAUGUAGUGCAAUGAAAACAAUUAUAGAGACUUUAGGAAGUAAACAGGUAAUUCCAGUUCAGGGACAGUCUUCAACAUGUCUGAGAGAUGAAUAUAGUAGUGAUGCUAGUUCGGACUGGAGUCAGGGUGGGUCAAUCAGUUCAGAUGCCACAAAUCAGGAGUUUAGAACCAGGUCAGAAGAAGCAAAAAGAGAUGCUGAAUUAUUACACCCAUCUGCUGAAUUCCUGCCUGAUAGAAUAAAGAACUUGUUGAGGGAAGUCCAUCAAGAAGGCAUUCAGGUUUUGUCCCUUACAGAAGCUCCAUAUGGAGAGGAGCAAAUCCAUUCUGUGAUGCAAACUCCUGAAACCUGGUCGGAGGAGAGACAGGCUCUCCUAAACACCAUUCAGGCUCUCAAGGAGUUAAUUACCAAAAUGAAGUUCGCAGGAGACGUUGAGGGCACUGCAAACUCCAGAGUUUGUUCUAUUCCGGAGUGGCAUAGUGAGUUACUUAAAGCUGUCCAGCAGGUGUUUUUAAGGGAACGUGAUGUUUUUGUGACAGCGGUUCACUCUCUGUUAUCAACUCUAAACAGCAGUGAUGCAUCAGUAAUUCUGAACCACCUUGCACACCAUCUGCGGGAGCAGACCACUCAGUACCGGUCUGCACUGGACCACCUUCAAAGCGCAGAUAGGAAGAGCUUGCUUAUGGAAAUUCAAAGUCUUCAAGAUGAACUCAGUAGACAGACUGUGCAGACCCAGUCCCAGCUUAGCGCACAAGAACAGCAGCCCCAAGGAAAUCAAGCUGGUUUACAAGAGCUUGCUGUGCCUGAGAAGCAGACAUCUUUCCCUGCAGACAUCCAUCAGGAAUGCAGUGAUGGGAUGAAAAGUGGAAUCGAACAUCAGGACCAGCUCAGCAGUGAAGCACUAAUGGUUGUUGAACUGAAGAAUGAGCUUGCCCAGACUAAACUGGAAUUUGAAACAACACUGAAAGCACAGCAUAAGCUCCUCAAAGAACUAGAAACACUCAGGUCAGAGCUGUCAGUGAAAACAGCAGAAGCAGAUGCAGUGAAUGACAAACUAGUAGAAGAACAAAAGAAAGGACGAGAGCUGCAGUGGGCUCUCGAGAAAGAAAACGCCAAGGUGGAAAGGAAGGAAGAGCGGGAACGAGAAGAACUUGAGGAUCUGAAGCUCUUACUUGAAGACCAGAAACAAAGAUGCAGCCAAUUAAGUAAACAUUUAGACCAAGAAAAGCAAACUGUUGCAGAGCUAAAACAGAAAGUUGAUUCUGAAGCAGUUGUGCAUGACGUUCAACUGUCCAAGCAGCAGAGUUGCAUCUCUGAGCUCCAGAUCCUUUUGGAUGCUGAAAAAACGCGAGCUGUUGAAUUGAACAGUGCCCUUGAGCGAGAAAGGGAGUUAUACGGACAGCUUCAGAAGAAUUUAGGUACACAAAAAACAGAUGAUCAGCAGCAUGAUGAGAAAACUACAGCAGAAUUCCUCAGGGACUUACAAACUCGACUGGAUGAAAAGCACAACCGCAUUGUUGAACUGGUGAGUGAAAUGGAAAAGUUUAAACUGGAAUCUGUUCAAAUGAAGAGGCUUUUGGAUGAAGAAAGUCAACUGCACAAGCAAAACUUGCAACAGGAACAAGAAAUGAACAGGGGCUUACGAGAAAAACUCAGUGAAUUCCAGCUGAAGUAUGAAGACCUCUUGCGGCAGCUGACAGAAGAAAAACAGCGAGUUCUGAAGCUCCAACUUGAAGAGAAGAGGCUACAGGGAGCCAUAGAACAACUGCAGAAUCAGAAACAGAAGGGAGAUUCAAGAGAUAUUAGUGACCUGCAGCCGAAUAUGGUCAGCUUGGAUUCCAGUGAGAGGACCAUGAAGUGGGUUCUUCAGCAGGAAACUGCAAUGAAACAGGCCAAGGACACUACAAAAUCUUCUGCACCUGAACUUAAUGGAGGAGAAACAAUAACUGUAGAAGAUAAAGAUUCUGCGAAUGUUGGUCACAGGCUAAGUCUUAUUUAUGCAAAAAUAAAAGAACUAGCAAGAAAGGCUUCUGACAGGAUGCCACUUGAUGCUGGAGAUAAUGAAGAGUUUGUGUGGUUGCAAAACAGUAUUCAGGAUAUUGCAUCACGUUUACAACAGCUACCAUCUAUACCUCUUCUGGCAGAGCAUGAUCUGGGUCAAACAACCAGUGGCAGUUCUAGCUCCCUGACUGAACGAUUGCUGAGGCAGAAUGCAGAGCUAACAGGGUAUGUGAGCAAACUAACUGAGGAGAAGAAUGAAUUACGGAACAUUAUCCUUAAGCUGGAGGAGGAGCUCCAACAUUAUCGUCGCAGAGGACCUUCUGGAGAUCAUACUUUUAAAAGGCACAUUGAUAAUGAAAAUACUUUUGAAGCACGCCUUGCGUCUGAAAAAGAAAUGUGGUCCAGGGAAAAGAUUACAUUGCAAAAAAGUUUAAAACUGGCUGAGGCAGAAGCAGCAAAGCUGAGAGCAGAACUGAGAAGUGAUGCGGUACAGAGGGACUUGAAUGGGUCAGAUUCUGAACGUAUUGCUUUAAAGAGAAUUUAUGGGAAGUAUCUUCGUGCGGAAAGUUUCAGAAAGGCACUUGUGUAUCAGAAGAAGUAUCUGCUGCUGUUGCUUGGUGGGUUCCAAGAGUGUGAAGAAGCUACGCUGUCUCUUAUUGCAAAAAUCAGUGGUCAGUCACCUUACAGUGACCUGGAAAUUAUUACCCAUCAUUCCAGGGCAUUUACUAGGUUUCGGUCAGCUGUCCGAGUAUCUAUUGCCAUUUCAAGAAUGAAGUACCUGGUACGUAGGUGGCAGAGAGCUGUAGGUUCAAGUCCUGGGAAUAUUAACAGAAAUGGGUUUGGACAAAACACAGGUAUUGAUGUGAGGACAGAUUCUCCUAUUCUUCAUGCUGGAGGUCUUGACUUCUAUGGAGAGCGCAGGCAUCCAAGCAAAUCUAGAUCUGGUGUAGAAUCUCCUAGAUCCACUGUGAUUUCUCAAAACAGGUACCAUUCGGGUCAAAGUGAGCAGAAUUCUCUCACAUGUUCUCACCUGCAGAGUUAUGAUCCUGACAGAGCUUUAACAGAUUAUAUCAGCAGGCUGGAAGCACUACAAAGGAGGCUUGGGAGUUCAUAUUCAGGGUCAUCGUCGUCAUAUGCUCAUUUACAGCAUGGUAUAAGAAGAUGAACGACAGAGAUGAAACCAUUUCAACCAUUGCAAAGACCUGGAACUGUCUUUUAUAAAGCUGCGCUUGUGUUUUGUAUUAUGUGUACAUUGUGGGACCAACAUAGUGCAGAAGUUUAAAGAGUACCUUUCUUGGUGAUAAAAGGCAGAAAAUGUAGCUUGCUUACCUUGGUGAGAGUGCUACAGUGAUGUUUAAUAAAGGUUUCAUGAGUUCCCAAAGAAGGUGCAGCAGCUGAGAUUUGUCCAGGAGACUGGCAAGCUGAUCUUGCUUCAUUCUGCAGUCUGACCUUUUCUAGCAUCUGUGUAGGACAAGAACUGGAGCAUGACCUGUUCACCAAGGUGAAUAAUUGUAAAGUGAGCAUCAGUGCUGUUUCAUAUUGGGUUUCCGCUAAGAAGAAUAUUGUUCAGUAAAGUUUUUGUAUAUAAACACUACAAAGUGGUUUAAGUAACUGACCCAAAUGUGCAGAAUUUAUCAGGUUCCCUUUGCACUCCACAUUGAAGGGACGUUUCAUAAUUAUGGAACCGACGUAUUUGGCUAGAGGGCUAAGAUGUGGAAGAUAAUUAUGUUAACAUAAAAUUAUGAUUGCUUUUAUGUAUUUAUUGUAGGAGCGGAUAGAAAAACUUUAAAACGGUUAUAGAUGAGUCCUAUGAGGAAAGGGAACAGUGUUUUUAUGUUUAAUUGCAAGAAAAAUCAAGAAAGGUUCACUUUAAUACCCCAUAAUCCUCUUGCCAGCACAUAUAAGCAGUCAGUAUACAGUUCUAAAACAUUUUGUUGUGUACAGUACAAUCAAUUGAUGCAAACAUACAUGUAUAUUUGUGGAAUAUUAACUUAAAUAAAAUGAUUUAAUUUAUAUGGUUUGUUUACCUGAAGGGUGAAUGGAUGGCAUUUGUAUGUACUGAAUGUUGGUCUGAAGUGUACAGCACUUUUGCACAAGGUUGCUGAUGAAUUUGGCACACUAUUCACAAUAUAUUUGCUACUGAUAUUGUGGACAGGACAUAUUUGUAGAGAACUAUUUUUGUAAAGGUAGAAGUUAUGAAUAUAUGGGUAUUUUGAUGAAGUACUAAAUAAAGAUGCGCUGAAGUUCACACACA